AGGGUGCAUCUGGGAGCGGGAUCCCAUCAGCAAACGGGGGGGAAAAAACAGUUGGGACGUUACGAUUAUUAUUCACCCGGGGAUUAUUUGUGAAUAGGAAAAUAUGGGAUGUGUGGAGAUGACGGAGACUGGUUAGUUGGUUGAUUGUCGUCAUGAUGAUGAUGAUUUAGGCGGAUUUGGUCGUCCCAAAUUUCAAAUUAUUUUUCAUUUGAUACGGAAAGAACGGGCGAGCAAUAUGUUAUGGUAGAUGAUGAUGAUGAUAAGUAGAACGAGGUUAGGGGAGCGUGUGGUAAACGUAAAAAUGUCCGGGAAUUUUUGUUGAGUUUGAUCCAGUGUGCGGGCUUUGUUGGAGGAACUGGAGACCGCGGGGGGUUGAUAUCGUUGAUUUCCAUUGUACAUGGCUGUGCCAGGGGGUUGGUGGGAAUCCUAAGGCUGGAAAUAGUGUCAGUCAAGGAUACAAUGUCGAUGGAUCAUCAUGAGGAUUGAUGGAUUGAAUAGUGCAUAUGAAUGGUGGAGUUAUGAUGGUUAUGGAGAUUCCACAUGCGUUGGACUGAUGCGUCGUGGUGCUCAAGUGUGGAGUUGUCAAUUUAAUUUGUCCAUUGUCACGUGGUUAUUGGUCAAUUUAUAUGGGUAUCAUGAUGCUUGAGGUGGUGGUGAUUGUGGACGAGACAACGCAAUCUUGUAGCAAGCCGUUUGUCUCGUCUUUGGGGAUGAUUAUGCAGAUGAUUUUGGUCGCCGUUGGCCAAUGUCAGUCGCUCCUGGUUUAGGUGUUCAGCGGAUACUUUUUGGAGAAUCUGGUGGGGUUCAGGGGGAAUAUUUGGUGGAUUUAUUACCGACGGGGUUGCAACGGGUGACCACGUGACGACACACUACUGAAACACGGGAGGGCUGCUUUCAACCCCCCCACCACUGGACAACCAACCACGCUGGUUUAAGGAGAAAAAUGAAACCCUGCUGGACCCUCAUGGCGGCAAUCGCCUUUGCCGUAUCUGGGCCGGUAAGUGGCGGUGUUCACGAGAAGCGGCUGCUGAAUGACCUUCUGGAUAACUACAACGUACUGGAGCGUCCGGUGUUCAACGAGUCCGAGCCCCUUGCGUUGAGCUUCGGCCUCACGCUAAUGCAAAUAAUCGACGUUGAUGAGAAGAAUCAACUGCUGAUUACCAACUUGUGGCUGAAAUUGGAAUGGAAUGAUGUCAACAUGAGGUGGAACGUAUCACAGUACGGUGGUGUUAAAGACCUCAGGAUUCCGCCCCACAGAUUAUGGAAACCCGAUGUUCUUAUGUAUAACAGUGCUGACGAGGGCUUUGACGGUACCUACCCAACGAACGUGGUCGUCAAGGACAAUGGCACAUGUUUGUACGUGCCACCAGGUAUCUUCAAAAGCACCUGCAAGAUCGAUAUCACAUGGUUUCCAUUUGACGAUCAACGCUGUGAGAUGAAAUUCGGCUCGUGGACCUACGAUGGUUUUCAGCUGGAUCUCCAACUGCAGGACGAAUCAGGCGGAGACAUAAGCAGUUUUAUCACCAAUGGCGAAUGGGAUUUGUUGGGAGUACCGGGUAAAAGAAACGUUAUAUUCUACAACUGCUGCCCAGAGCCCUAUAUUGACAUAACAUUCGUCGUAAUCAUUAGAAGACGAACACUCUACUAUUUCUUCAAUUUAAUAGUACCAUGUGUACUAAUUGCCAGUAUGGCUGUACUUGGUUUUACUCUACCACCAGAUUCUGGUGAAAAAUUGUCCCUGGGGGUAACGAUUCUUCUGUCCCUCACAGUGUUCUUGAACAUGGUUGCUGAGACAAUGCCAGCAACGUCCGACGCUGUGCCGUUAUUAGGUACAUACUUCAAUUGUAUAAUGUUCAUGGUCGCCAGCAGUGUGGUCAGCACAAUUCUCAUUCUGAACUAUCAUCAUCGUAACUCAGAUACUCAUGAAAUGUCUGAAUGGGUGAAAGUACUAUUCCUCGGUUGGUUACCCUGCAUCCUGAGAAUGUCGAGGCCUUGCGACAAGGAGGAAAAAGACGCUCAAAAGUCGCAAAAGCCCUCACCAGUAACAGGUGCUAACAAAGGAUACGGUGAUCUCGAGUUACCCCAGAGAAGCAGCAAAUCAUUGUUGGCAAAUGUAUUGGAUCUUGAGGAUAAUGCCCUGGCAUCCCACAACAACUUGUUAAACAAUGUUUACAGUACACCAGGGCCUCAUCAUCAUGCACUAUCGGGGCAUGGUCACAGUCACAUACACACAACACCACAUCAUCAUCACAGUCAUACACCGGCACCAACGCCGCAUCAUCAACACGCAACGCCUUUACCACAUUCAUCGUAUCCGGCGCAUCAAUUGAGCCAUACGCCGCAUCAUCAUCAGCAUCCACAGGAUGGUACAACACCCCAGGUUGAAACGAUACUACAGAGCGCAUGUUUCUGUGCACGUUAUGAACUCGUUCUUAUUUUGAAGGAAAUCAAGAUAAUCACGGAUCAGCUGAAAGCUAAUGAUGAAAAUACGAAGAUAACCAACGACUGGAAAUUUGCGGCAAUGGUGAUAGACAGGAUGUGCCUAAUCAUUUUUACUCUGUUCACCAUUAUUGCUACAAUCACCGUCCUAUUUUCAGCGCCACAUAUAAUCGUCACGUGAUUCAAAAGAGCACAUCAUAAACCACCAUUGAGUGGAGCCGCUCAUUUACGUAUAAAUAAUAUACGUGUAUUGGUUGUUACGGGUCGUUUUAACCGUGCUGUAGUCACGUUUCAACAGAAAAAAACUUUUUUUAUGCUUGUAAAACAAUAUGGAUUAUAUAAUUAUCCUGUGUCGUACUGUGACUUUUAUUAAAACGUAAAAAUUAUGAAAAUAUUGUAAUCGAGGAAGGGGUAAAUUAUGGAGUACUCGAAUCAACAAAGUUGUCAUCAUUUUUUUAGUACUUCGAGGAAGAUGAUAAUGUAGGUAGAGGAGUGUAAAAUGCUACGAAAUAACAAUUUAAUACGCCUUAGCGAUCAUCACUUCAUCUCAUUUAUGGUAAUUGCGAUAAAAAAAAUUAUUAAUACACAUUUCUGGUGAUUGGGGGGAUUAGAACACUGUUGGAAAAAUAGGAAAAUUUCGGGGAAAUAUUUUCACCAGUGUACACGGACCGAUGAUUCUGAAUAUUCAUCACGUUAAGAAUCAUUAAACCUACUGACUAAUCACUAUAUUCAGUGAUUAACUGUAUUUAAUUACUCUGACUAUAGUUCAGCUGUAUUCAGAUUAAUUAAAAAUGAAAAUGUGAAUUAAAAUGAAUUGAUUUCCUCAGUGUGCCAUUUUCACAUUAGCGAAACAAGAAAAAUAACGUAAACUGAUAAAAUGCAAUAUAAAUAGAUAAAUGAGGCACACGGCGAAGACACUUUUGUGCAAGGAAUGCCAAUGCGCACACAUUAUACUCUCAACACAAUGAACUGCCAAGGUGAUUCAAAUGCCAGUGAAUUUUAUUAUCCGUAUCAGUAGUAUAUGGCGAAAAGGAGAAAAUUGAUGAAAAAAAAGUGAAAAAUGAAUUUUAAAAAUGUGAAUAAAAAUUGUACGAGAAGAGGUGAAACAAUUAUAGGUGAAUUUAUACUGCAAUUGCAAGUGGCGUGCGAUUCUUCGGACCGGAGAGAAGUGUCGAUAAAUAUUUUAAAUCACUGAUACGAUUAUUUGUACGAUUAUGGACAUUCUUGGAGGAUUUAUAUCGUGAGUACAUUUUAUUAUUUUUUCACUCAAGCUGAUUAUCAUAAAUGUGGAGGGAUAAUUUGUGCAAAAAAAACUGGAAAAUAGUGUGAAGAGUAGUGCAGGGCGUCUUCAUUUAAUACAUUAAACAUUAACGAAGGGGAUUAUUCAUUGAUUUCAAUCUACUGAACACGAUUGUUUUUCCUGUAUCACUGAAUUUACUGAAGACUUCAUCAACAAAUUGGAUUAUCCUUGAGCCAGAGAACUGUGGGCCAUCGUGACGCAUGACCUAAUGUAUUAACUUAAGACCCUAAACGUCUUAAAGAAGGGAAUAAAAUUAUCUCGACUUGAAACGCCAUUUUUUCUAGGGAAUGGACGCAAGCGAAGUGAAAACGUCUUCUAGUCCCAUGUGUCCGUUGUUAUCCCAUUACUCAGAGUUAAACAAAUUAAUGAAACAUAAAAAAAAAAUUGUGUAUCUUGUGAGUAUUAGUUUACCUACCGCACGCCACUCAUUAGCUGGCCAAAACCCGCAUUCAUUAUACGAAAAUGCUCCAAAUCGGAUUAUCCGUCAACAAAUUUCCGACGUAAAAAAAUAUUUCGAGUGGGGUAAAUGGAACAAUGAGAGGAAAAGAGGGAAAACCCCAAGCGCUUCGUCAUAAUACAAUUUAUACACACACUGGUACAUUGUUCAGGUACACGUGCUUCGGGUGAACAUCUGAAUUGGGGGAUGAAAAAUAUUGCGUGGUUAUUGUGGUGCGUUGCAAUUGAAACAGUAAAAACUGGUUGAAGGAAAACAAAAUUUACAAUGUAAUGAAUGAAUUAUUGUGACUAUAAAUUAGCAUGUCUUCUGGAGAAUCAAAAACAUGGGGAUGAAAAAGGGUUGUCUGUCACAGGGACACAGGGAGGUUUUUAAAUUUUGUGAUUUUAUUUGAAAAUCAAAUUCGGAAGAAAACGAAGGGAAAUAGAGGGACAAAGUUGAAUGGAAUCAUUGACAUUGUUAAUUCAAUGGAUAAUGGAAUGUCAGGAGUUGGUGCUAGUGUCUUAAUCUAUAUUGGUACCACCCAAGUUUUAACGUUUACCCGUCGAUCAAGAGGCUGCACACAAUGAGGAAAAGCGAAUUUCAAACAAUUCCAGUUAACUCGAAAUUUACGUCGUUUCGUUUACACUCCGUUUCUAGAGUUAUUUAUUUUCUCCACUUGUGUUUACUGUUCACGACUGCAACUAAAGUCGUUACCUUUUUGACACUCGCUGGAGAUUUUUAUGUUUUUUUUUUCGCGAUUGGAAAUUGAGUUAGGGCCCGGUUGCAAAGAGUUUCGUUGGGUAAAUUGAUGGUUAAGGGUCGGGGUAAACAGUAAAAAAGUGACGGGUGAAUUUAACGGACGGGGGGUAGAAGAUUUAUCCUGGGGGUUGGGCGAAUUGUUUGGGGGUGGUUCGAUGUGGAGUUGACCAAAGGUCACUGGGUGAUCAAAAUGACGCAGUUAACCAGUGGUGGGGAUUUUCAAUUGAGAAUGUUGCUUUCGAGUGAAAACAGGGAAUUCAUUAAAUCAAAAAUUUCCAAUUUUUUGGGACCAGUUUGACUAAUUUUGCCCUCGAGAGCUUGAAUAUACUAUUUUCAGGUCAUGAAUGGAUGUGUGGAUGUACGUAACUUGUCCCUUAACGGUAAUUGAAAAAAUAAUUGGCUAAAUGAAUCCACUUGUUACUAAAAAUAUUAUUCAAAUUCUCCCUUGACCGAGUUUAAUUGCGGAAUUGAUUGCAUCAUUUGUUGGUCAGAAUAAUUAUUUUUAAUGUCCCACGAAUAAAUAUUUAAUUUUAUUUUAACCUUUUAAAGGUCCUCCGGAUGUUUGUUUCUAUUUUUGCGGAACAUACUUUGUUAACGGAUAAUCCCAUGAAAGGGCGUGACCAAAAAAAAUGGACACAUUCGAUAAAUAAACCCAAUAACCACCACAAAUUUCCGAACAUUAAAAAAUAAAUAAUUCAGCUGUACGUAAAUUUUUUUGGCCAAUGGCAUUGACGCGACAACCAAUCACAUUAUCUUUUAAAUCUAACUGAGGAUUAGAUAUUAUUGAAAAUAAAGAUAAAAAGACGAGAGAGAGCGUUGUUAAUGAUGUUAAUUGAAUAAAUUAUAAGCGUCGAUUAUCGUACCACUAAGUGAAACCGAAAAAAAAUGUCCGAUUUAUUAAGAAAAUAAUGAAUUCCGGUCCUGAAGCCGAGGAAAACAGAAAUUUUCGUAAUCAAUGAAGUAAGGAAGCCAACACUGCAGCGGAAAAUUAAUUAACCAAGGAAAAAAUAAAUAAUCAAGUUCGGUAGAUAAUUGCCUCGUUGAUAGGUAUAAAAUGAUACUCCGGAGUAAAGCAAUAAAUUAUUGAACAUGGCGUUCACGCUUAAUUCGAGUCGAUGAAUAAUAUUGCCAGUUUGCAAAGCGAUUCCUAGGAUAAUGAGAAAUACGAGAUGAUUAAUUAAUGAUUUUAAAAAAAUUAGUAACAAAGUGAAAUACGUGAGAAGGUAAUACAGGCAUUAACAUUAAGUGCAAUAGUUUUUCCAUUUUAUAUAUGAAGUAAAAAAAAUACAUCUCAACACUUGCCGAUCAUUGCCCGCAGUGUAAUUCACUCCUAGAGUUAAAUGACUGGGGAAAAUAUUGUUAAUGAGAUGUCCUGGUGGUGCAUCAAAAUGGAGACGGCACUUCACUUCAGAUUUAUAAAUAAAUAAAUUUUUAGAGAAUUCCGACCGUUUCUGUUUUGAAAAAAGGCCACAAAACCCAAAAAUUCUUCUUCAGACACUUGUUUUUCCAGUGCUGCAGUAAAAUGACUCCGCAAAAUCAUAAAACUUAUGAAAAAUAUGGACCUCUCGUUUAAUAUCUUCGCUGCGUCAUUGAUUGAGUUGAUGGAUAUCCUUGAAGCUGAAAGAAAAAUUUUUUUUUAUUACUUUGCGGAGCAUUGUGGUGGCUCCAGUCCCACCCCAAUUCUCCCCACAAUCCGUUACCUUCCCAAGGACCUGUUCCGCAAAAUUUGAUGAAAAAAUGACAAAAUAACGAGAAUAGAUACAUUAAAAAAUGAAUUAAGAAAAAAAACGUAAUGACUCAUCGUGUACGAUACAACGUAUGCUCAAGAUAACUACUGUGAAAAAUUUAAACUAAAAAACUAAUAAACAAGCAUUAUAAAUAAACCAGUGAGGAUCGAGGAGCCUCUUAGAAGUAAAAAUAAAAAUCUAGCGAAUGUGGACAUGUACUAUAAACAACAAGGGGUAAUUUCAUCAACAAUGACAAUUGCUGAGACAUUAAAUAAAUUGUAUCAUAAGUUGUCAAUAUGCCACUUGGCAAAAGACCCUUUUCUUCCUAAUUUUCAUCGAUUAAAUUAUCACUGUAAUAUCGUAAAAUAAUUUACAAAGUGAAUUUAUCAAAUUCUGCAUUCCUCAUGGGCAGUUGCAGCUCAACCUGUAUAAAAUGAUCAAUCUGUUAUCUUAAAAAACACUUUUCGUAUUUAAAUAUUUAAAUACUUUUUCAUUUGUCUCGUCAUUUGUAUACUGUCCAGUGAUUGGAAACGUAGACAUUCAUCACAAGCAGAUAAUCAUUUCGUAUGAAUAAGAAACUGUUACUAAGAAUAAUUAGAAUAAUUGAAUUACUCUUGUGGAACAGAGAAGAGUUUGAGUAUGAAAAAAAAUAAUGGCAGAUGGUCAGCGAUCAGAGCUCCUGUCGUACGGCUAAUCAUUUUUCCUCAUUUAUUUUCAUUUGUCUAUCAACAUUAUCGUGGACUCUGGCACUGAUCGCCGUUGGACCUUUGCGAUUGACAUACUGUAAAAUUGUACAUUCAGUUAUAAUAUUUAUAAGAGAUAAAAUUAAUCUAAUAUUAUCACGAGCCGGUAUAACGGGAUGUUUCAUCUAGUAUUAGAAAAGCGAAUGCAAGUGCCAAAAUUAAUCGAGCUAGAGUGAAUUUUACAUUAUUGUAUUGGUACCACGACUAUGCACAUGUUGAACAUUAAUUGUUUGACAAAUUGGAUGUGUAAACGACGAAAGGAUGCCGAAUGAAUUAACGUAAACGUCUUUAACUUGUUGAUGAAUAAAUUACUGCAAAAUUUUUCAUUAGAUUAAGAGUGAUUAAAAAUUUGACAAAAAAAAUACAAAAAUUUUGGAAAUAUCGAGGAGAAUAUUGAGGAAAGGGCAAUCGCGUGUGCUUUGCUUUAAAAAUACAUUGAUAAUGGUCUAGAUAAAAUAUUUCAUCCCCGUUUAACAUUAAUUUCCCAUACAAUCUCUCACCCCUUCACCCCCGCCCCUGCCAGAGUCAAAAUGGUAUAGUUUUUUGUAAAUUUGGAACAUCAGGGAAAACGAAGAUGCGAAUAGUUGAGGAUAAAUAUAAAUAUAUAUAUUUAUAUCGAAAAAGUAACUCAAAAGAAAUAAAAAAAAAUACAAUUGAAUGAUGUUGUUCCCGUCAACGUGAAUUAAAAAAGAAUCUCCAUGAAAAUUAACGAGUAAAUAUUCAAAAUUGUUUAGGAGCUUGCGUAAUAUAAUCGAGAAAGUAUUUUCUCAUUACGACCACGGUUCGUCAAUCUUCCGGGCAAUUAGAAAAUGAAAAAAAAAUCGUCGAUAAAGAGUUGAAUAAUAAAUAAUGAAAAAAACUUAUUAUUAAAAAUGAAUACUGGGAAAAAAGUCACGACUUAUUACUCGCCACUCCCCUAGAUAAAUUAAUUUCCACCUAAUCUCCGAUAAAUAACAUAUGUAUAUACAUAUAUGUCUAUAUUACACUGCAUAUGUAUAUACAUAUUCGAUUAAAUUUAAUCAUCAUGGGAGUUUUCUUCUUUUGCGAAGAACAAAUCCGAAUGGCUAUUUAGCUACUGUAUCGAGUGCUUAAUUAUAACUUUUACACGACUCGCAAAAUAAAGCAAAACAAAUAAUUGAAAAAAAAAAUACAAAUAACGGUUGUAGUUAAUAAAUCCAGGCAGUUUUUACAGAAAAUGAGAAAAUAAUAAUGGUAGAUCAGAUACUGUAGAAUAAUUAAAACUCCAGUGAGAAAAAAACAUUUAAAAAAAUAGCUGACUCUCGUUUCCCGAAUUUUAACGAACAAAAUCAAUAUUCACGCUAUCUCACUCGCGCAAAAUCCCUUUAUUCUUCGAUUAUUCUCCCGAAAGAUGAAUUAAUCUCGCAGAACAAUAAUUUUUCGAGUAUAAAAAACAAGACAGCGCUCCAAAGUCAAACGAAAUAUUGAAAAAAAACAUAUACCAUUAAACAUAUUCUAUACAUAUUUAAACUAUUGAAUGCUAAAAUCAUAUUCGUAUGAAUAAAAUGAAAAAAAAACAAAUGACAUGAAUAAUCAAUUACUGAAUAUAAAACAAAACAAUGAGGGCUAGCUUGUAAUCAAUAGGAAUGUAGUAAUACUAUGACAGUAACCAUAGGAAUGGUUCAGGUAGUUUUAUUAGAAAUUAGGAUCAAACUUUAUCGAGAUCACACAUUCUCUCUCUCUCCCCCCUCUCUCUCGCUCUCUUUUUUUUUCUCUUUUUUUUGUCCCUCUCUCUCUCACUCUCUCCCUCUCCCUCUCCCGCCCUCUCUUUCUCUCUCUCUGUCUAAACUAUUACCUUUAAAAAAAAAUAUCUAAAACUUGCCCACACAUCUUAAAAAUACUGCUGCAAUGAGGAAAACGAAAUGAUAAUGAAAAUAAUAAUAAUAAUAAUUAUGAGGAUCUAACUCUUCUUCUAACUCCUUAGAUAACUUUGAGGAUAGGAUAGAUUCUUUGGACACUGUCCCACCAGCCACCGGGUUAAACUACUAUUGCGACAAUGAAAUAAUAUUUUCAAUGAAUUUCCUCGGAUGACAACAGUGUGAAAAAAAUACGAAAUGAUAAAAUGAUAGAUUGUGUGCGUUAUUGACAGGUGAGAUUGAAAAAUUAUUUCCCUCGAGAUAAUAAUGCUGGUGAGACGAUGUUGGGAAAUGACUCACUUGAAAUUUUUCAUUAAUGCCUCACUAACAGCCUGGUUUUAAAAUAAAUGAGUAAAUAAAAGAAAAAUAAUAAAUUUAAUUUAAAAUGAAGAAUAGUAAAUUCAUAUUGAAGAUUAAUGAAUAAAUAAAAUUUGUUAUAUUCCUACUGGGCUGUUACACGAGGCAACGUUGAUUGAUAAAUGAGAAUCCCUGUUAACUGGUGAAUACGUAAUCGCCACAUUGUAAUAUUAUAAAACAUUAUUACGUUAUUAUGAAAUUGUUGAAAUAAAUGAAAUGAAAAUAAAUGUCUUCCAUUUGCUCCUGA